AACAAUCAAUGGAUUUACACCGCCUCAUAUCCACUACAACUGACGCUAACAUGCUCUCCAACGCACAUCGAGGAUAUCAAAAUAAACUCAGCAGGAAUUAUUCGCCUUGAGCCUCAAUGCAAGGGUUACAGCGAAACAAUUAUCUUGGAACCGUCGCAAGGCAUCACCGCAAAUAGCAGUCACAGUCCAAUAGUACACAUUCCUGAAGAAGAUUGCUGUCCGAAGAACCGUGAAGACUCCACAAUUGUACCAAUACUGUUAGAGCCUGUUAAAAUUACUGAUAUUAAUACCGAAGAGUUGAAGUAUUCAAAUCAUAAGCUUGCCCGGUUGGAUAAUCUCCUACAAGAAGAACUAAACAAACCCGUUAUCAUCCAGCACAAUUCGUGGUCCACUAUUAUAUUGAAUGUACUAAUGUUUAUUGUUGGUAUUAUAUUCGCAGUAUUUCUCUUACGACGGUGUGGCGUAUUACGCUCAACAGUUAGGCGCUUGUAUUCUGUGAAGGAUCCAAGACCAACAAACGACGCUUGCAGUCUUAAAAUUGUUAACACAAAUGUCAACGCCGGCCCAUUAACAAGGAGACAGUUAUUGAAACUCCUUGAGGAAGACAGACCAAUAUUCGAGGAAGGAUUACUUGACCAACCCCCAAUCUAUUCCGCCGAUAGACAACAGAGAGACGAACUCCUGUGCUUCUUAUUACAGUGGUACAAAGUGGAUACAACAAAAAUACGAGAGGAUUUACUCCAUUUAUGGAUUCCCUUAGGAGUAGGACCUCAACAUGAUCAGCCUGACCAAACCGCUGAAGAAUUUUUAACGAAAUCCGUUGAGAGAUCGGAUUCUUUACCACUGCAGGCGUGGCAUUCUUUGGCAAGAUCUGCUUUAUCCUGGUUCAUCAGUCGUACGUCCAUAAAUGGCUGUUCGGGAAGUGAUGAUCUCUGCAUAUAUUCUCAAAGGCGAAGUUUCCACAUACUGAUACCAAGGAUAAAUGUAUUUGUAUAGUUUUGUCUAUGUAAAGCCAUUUUGAAGAUGGAUAAUAGUUCAGAACAUUUUCCAUGUUUGAUACUAUUACAUUAUCGAAAGGGUAAAAUGCACCGAAUAAAACAUAAUACACGCUGUUUAAGGAAAUGGUACAGCCUGUUAGAGUAUUGUUACGGAUGAGAGCAGCUCAUCACGCAGAAAAUAAUUGCAGUGCAGAGGUGGAAAGAUGAUCAGCAGAAGGAUUACGAGUCUGAUUGGUUGUAUCGCCAUGUACCCACCUUCGUUAAUACUAAUAAUAAAGCACACACAUUUUCGUCAUUUACCAAAAUAGUCACACGUUUUAAUGUGUGAUCAUAUCUUAUCACACAAAUUAAUAUGAGCUUAUGUAGCAUAUGACGAAAAAGCGAAUGAAGAUCGUCGAAACCAAGUAGAAUAAAGCAAUAACGAGUGUUCAAAUUCAAAAUAGUGACGUAAAUCGCAAGCAUCUUGGUAGAUGCCUGAACAAUUCAACAUGUAUGUAUUUGACCGUGAAAAUUCUUGCUGAGAUUUUACUGCGAAAGUAUUCUCUCCCCAUAAUUAUUCGCUUGAUAAAUACCUGUUAGGAACUAUCCUGUAGCAUUACUAACACACAUACAUUCAUCUUAUACUGUCGCCUCGCUGGGCACGAAUGGAAUAUAUAUUGUGUCAAGUUUAAUCUCCAUAUUUUUUAUCACGGAAGAUAGAUGUAUAUACUAUAUAAUUUGUUAAAACAGUUUCUGUUACAUAUAACUGUACAAUCAACUAAAUCACGUAUUAUACUUAAUUUACAUUCCAUAUAAAUAAUUAUGUAAAUAAAUAAAAUUGUAAAAAUAUAUAUAAGAUGUGAAAUGUCGUUCCGUAGUUUACGUAUUUAAAAAUUUAUAAUGUUCUUACCAGAAUAUAUCAAUUCAAUCAAUAAAACUUUAAUCUACGAAGGGGAUCGUAAUAUAGCAAUAUAAUUUUUUACACGGAGAGGAUCUUCAGGUUUGAAGUUCAACUUUGUCGUUUUUAAUAGAAUUAUUUUUUGUACAUAAGUUAAUUUUCUACAACGUUUUAUGUAUGAAAAAGGAUGUUACUAUAGACUAUAAAUAAUUAAUAAUGUGUAACAUAUUUGAAAUUCUUUAUAUAAAAUAUAAUCAAUUUUUAAUAGUCUUUAAACGUUUUAAUAAUUUUAACACUAUACAUUAAUACGAUAUUAUGUGAAAUGUUUCGGUAUAUACAGGGUGUUACCUGUAACGCUACUCACGAUUUUUCUCCCACUUGCAGCCACCUUACGAAAAAAAG